AUGUCCACGCCCCCUGCACCCGCUAAUGCUGAGCUAGCCAACGAACCUGAAAAUAAUCUAAGAAGAAGUAGGCGGCUUCGUGAAAGAUCACUUGUCGUUGCACAAAGGAUUGCGGCCGCAAUCGACGAACCAGUGAUACUUUCUGACAGCGAGAGUUCAGAGGACGACACGGGAAGCAUUAUGGCAGAGGACGACCAGCCUUUGAAUGAGACCGGUCGUCCAGGAGGAGAGAGCCUGCUACCAAGCAUCGCCCGACCUAUGAUAGCAGCACUGAGUUUUAAAAUUAAAUCUAGAUUUAUUAACAUGUUGCAAAAUUCUAUGCAGUUUGAUGGGAAGGAUCACGAAGAUCCAGGUCGACACAUCGCAUCAUUUCUCAAAGUGUGCUCGACUUUCAAAAUUAGAGACGUUUCUGAAGACGCAAUUAGUUUGCGACUCUUUCCAUUUUCUUUGCGAGACAAAGCCCGAUCUUGGCUUUUGUCGCUUCUAGCAGGUUCCAUCACGACUUGGAACGAGAUGGCAGAUCUUUUUAUGCAAAAAUAUUUUCUGCCGGAAAAGACAGCUAAGCUUAAGAAUCGUAUUAUGACAUUCAAACAGGACGAAGGAGAAUCUCUACACGCAGCUUGGGAGAGGUUCAAAGAUCUUUUGAUCGAUGUUCCACAUCAUGGGUUGUCCAAAAGGCAACUUGUGUUAAACUUUUACCAAGGACUCAACUACGACUCACAAGAACGUUUAGAUGUAUAUGCAGGAGGUGAUCUUGGAACAAAAACACCCAAUGAAGCCUAUGCAAUUAUAGAGAAAGCUACCUUGAAGUCGAGUUCUCGUCACGGUGGAGUGCGAAAUAAAGCAUCAUCUAUUAUUGGAGUUCAUCAAGUGGAUACAUAUACGGCUCUUGCAGCACAUGUUGGAGCUUUGGCAGCAAGAUUUGAUCAAGCUCAGAACGUUUCACAGGUACAAUCAUCAGGUUCAGGAAGCACUUCCCAGCCACAAACCUCUCACAACAACUCGAAACUAGAGGAGAUGAUGGCGCAGCUGUUAAACAACUCCAACAAUGCCAAUCAAAUAUUUGAAAAGCGAUACCAGCAGCAUGAGGAGCGUUUUAUGGCACAGGAAGGGGAAAUGCGGAGCCAGAAGGCUUCAAUACAAACCAUUGAGAAUCAAGUCAGCCAAUUGGCCAAGAUGUUGUUUGAAAGACCCCAAGGUAGUCUUCCAGGUAACACAGAACCUAACCCGAGAGGGCACGUUAAUGCAGUAAUGACGAGGAGUGGUAAAGCCACGGGACCUGACAAAUCGGACUCACCACCGAUCACUGAUACGAGCCAAACUGACGCUUCAGACGAGGUGCACGCUAGGCGAGUCCCAGCAAGUACAGCACAGUUCCAGGAGCCAGUUAAAGAUUUCAUUCCUCCUAUCCCAUAUCCGAGUAGACUGAAGAAGCAGAAGAACGAUGAACAACAUGGUAAGUUUUUUGAAAUGUUUAAACAAUUACACAUAAACAUACCAUUUGUUGAGGCGUUGGCUCAAAUGCCUAAAUACGCAAGGUUCUUAAAAGACAUCCUCACAAACAAGCAGAAACUUGAAAGCUUGUCUUGUGUGUAG